GUUAGGCAAAUCGGAUAACCGACAGAACCAAAACCGAAGCUUAAAAAAGAAAAGAUAUGGGCAUUAAUCUGAUAGCAUUCGGAGGCGGUGGUGGAAUAGCAGUAGGAGGAGUGAGAUUUUCAAUGGCGACAUCAUGGGCUGUGAGAGCCGAGCUCCCCAAAGCUCCUGAUCUGUGCGCUGACCGCUCCAUUCUGCGAAAUGGGUCUUCCUCCUCUCGCCGCCGCGACCUCGUUUUCGUCGUCAAUCCCAGCGGUGCGAAUGGGAGGACAGGGACGGAGUGGAAGAAACUGCUUCCGUAUCUAAGGUCUCGCCUUGGCGCUGAUUGCAAUAUAUGUGAAUCUUUGACAUCAGGUCCUUCUCAUGCGAUUGACAUAACAAGAGAGGCUAUACGGGAAGGAGCUGAUGCUGUAAUUGUGGUGGGAGGAGAUGGAACUCUGCAUGAGGUUGUUAAUGGAUUCUUUUGGGCAGGAAAACCUGUUACUAAUUAUGAUAGGGAUGCCACCCGUUCAACUGCACUCGGUCUCAUUCCUUUGGGGACAGGGUCAGAUUUUGCCAGAUCAUUUGGCUGGAAAAAUGAUCCUUGUGAAGCCAUUGACCGCAUUGCCAAAGGGCAGAGAUCAUGGAUAGAUGUUGGUGUUAUUAGUGGAGAAGAUGGAGAACCUCAUUACUUUGUUAAUGUUGCUGACAUUCAUUUGAGUGCAAAAGCAGGAUACCAUGCUUCUAGUUUCAAGAGAUUUGGAAACUUAUGCUACGUUAUUGGUUCUUUAAAAGCCUUUGUUGGGCACCGUAAUCAGGACCUUAAAAUCAAGGUCAAUGAAGGGGAGUGGGAAGUGUACUCUCAAGUAACAGCCCUUUGUGUUGGAAACGCAAAAUACUUUGGUGGUGGUAUGAAAAUUACACCAAAUGCUGACCCUCGCAGUGGCAGUUUUGAGGUUGUGAUUCUUCAGGACUUCAAGUGGUAUGACUUUAUUCUGAAGCUACAUAAGCUCUACAAUGGGACACAUCUAACAGUGAAAAAUGUAUCGUCAAGAAGUGUGCAUUCUAUUGAGGUGGAAGACAUUUCAGGCAGUGGCAACAUUUAUGUUCAAUCUGAUGGCGAACAUUUAGGAUUCCUGCCAAGGAAGUUCCGUAUAUUACCUUCUGCAGUCGAGAUGAUAUGCUGAAACGAACCAUGGAACUUGUACUUGGCACCUUAUCAAAGAAAUUGACAAGUCUGCAGAGAGCGCGAAGCAUGAGUAUUACUCCUCGAAUGAAAAUGAAGCGGAAAGUUUUUACUCAUCGAAUAAUUAAUCAGACGGAGAGACAGCGUUUGUUUAUAAAUACAAGCAACUAACAUAACUGAAACUCAAAUUGUAAUUAACUUCUAGUCUUGUGGUCUUGUCAAACCGGAGCAGCUGCAUCUUGCUGGUGUUUUGUAUGUUAGACUACACUCUCUUUUGCUCCAUUCUCGAGUAAUGUCCAUUUCCGGCUUUGAUAGUUUCUCCGUAUGUCUCGACUCCUCCCUUAAUUUGAAGUAAGAGGAUUUUUGGCACUA